AUCAAUUUAUCAUUACAGGUCCGCAUCACAGUAUUGGACAAGAACGAUAGCCCGCCCUCUUUCCCAGCACCACUCCGCUUCCAAGUAUCAGAAGAACUACCCGCUGGCCAACCCGUAGCCACUCUGAAGGCUUCUGAUCCUGACACCAUUGGUUCAUUGGAGUACAGUUUGACUAAUGGGAGCGAGCAUUUCUCUUUGGACGCCACGACUGGAGUAUUGAAACUCAAGGAGACUUUGGACAGGGAACAACGGGAUGAGUAUCAGUUGGCUGUGAGGUGUAGCGAUGGAGUUCAGUAUACUGAUGCUGUUGUUACUAUUGAGGUCCUGGACACCAAUGACAAUCCACCAGCCUUUCUGGAACCAGCCUACUCUUUUGACAUCCCGAAAAUGCUGUACGCGGUCACCGUGUGGGAAAAGUGCAGGCUGUGGAUCCAGAUCUAGGAAUCAACGCUCAGUUGACAUAUUCAGUAAUCAGUGACUGGGCGAAUGAUGUAUUUUCACUGAAUCCUCAAACUGGAGUUUUUACACUGACUGCCAAGUUAGAUUACGAAGAGGUUCAACACUACAUAUUGGUGGUGCAAGCUCAGGAUGCAGGAUUCCCAUCCUUAUCCAGCACACUAACUGUAUACUGCAACGUCCUAGACCUAAACGAUAAUGCACCCAUAUUCGAUCCCAUGUCAUACAGCAACGACAUUUUUGAAAACGUCACCAUUGGUACAUCCGUUGUGACUGUCAGUGCAACAGAUUCGGAUUCAGGAGAAAAUGGAAAGAUUGAAUAUUCCAUAUCAUCAGGCAAUGAAAACGGCGACUUCGAAAUUACGAAAAACGGAACAAUAUUCACAAAGAGGCAUCUGGACAGAGAAAAUCAAAGUUUGUACAACUUGCUUGUUAUUGCUACUGAUAAGGCGCCUAUUCCAGAAGACAGGUUAUCAUCAUCAGUUCAGGUGACAAUAGUUCUGAAGGACGUGAACGACAUGUCCCCCGAAUUCAUCACGCCCAACGAAACGACUGUGGCUGAAAAUAUCCCUAUCAACACUGUGGUGAUGGCCAUAAAAGCUGUCGACAAAGAUGAAGGAAGAAACGGUUACAUCGAGUACUCCCUGUCGGAUGAUCCGGUUAUCAAUGGAAUUUUUUCACUGGGUCCUGUUGAUGGUCUUCUCAAAGUUGCUGGAAGGAUUGAUAGGGAGACGACUAGUAACUAUACGCUAAUAGUACAUGCUAAAGACAGAGGCGAUCCACCCAAAUCGACACAAGCGAAGAUCUUUGUAAGGGUCUUGGAUGAAAACGACAACAGCCCAGUGUUUGAUCCUAAGCUGUACAGUGCCUCAAUAUCCGAAAAUGCCUCAAUUGGCGCUAGCGUAUUGCAGGUUUCUGCCACCGACAUCGAUGAUGGGUUCAAUGGGAGGGUUCGAUAUUCGAUCAUAUCUGGAGACAUUAAUAGAGAUUUCAGCAUAAUUGAAGAUACGGGAGUCAUUCGUGUGGCAAAGAAUCUGAAUUAUGAACGCAAAUCUCGAUACACUCUCAUCGUGAAAGCGGAGGACUGUGCAGGCGACAUAAACGGCAUAGCGGUUCGCUCGGACAUGGCCGAAGUGUCCGUCUUCAUAUCGGACAUCAACGACAACCCUCCAACAUUCCUGGACUCUCCCUAUCUGGCUUACAUCACCGAAAACAUCAUCCCUCCCAAUGGGGGGUACGUCAUCUCAGUGUUAGCCUACGAUGCAGAUACGCCACCUUUCAACAAUCUGGUGAAAUACUUUGUGAAGGAGGGAGACACGGAUACGUUCAGGAUCAACGCGUCCACGGGGGAUAUUUCGCUACUGAGAGCGUUGGAUAGGGAGAUUCAAGCGGAGUAUGUUCUCGGUUUGGUCGCCAUGGAUACAGGUUCUCCACCACUAACAGGUACCGGUACUGUUCGCAUCAUAGUCCAGGACGUCAAUGAUCAUAGCCCUGAAUUCAAGCGGCAAUCAUAUUAUGGGACCGUAUCCGAGAAUUCACCAAUUGGUACUUGGGUCCUCACUCCAGUAGCUACAGACGGUGAUAUUGGGUUGAAUGCCAAGAUUAGAUACAGCCUCUUGGGGGACAAGGUCGAGAAGUUCAAAGUUGAUCCGGAUUCUGGCGUUAUUACUACUGCAGCGGCCCUUGAUAGAGAGGAUAACGAAGUAUACACUUUAACCCUUAUGGCGCAAGACUGCUCUGCUACGGAACCCAAAGCAUCAACUGUCAACCUUACCAUCAAAAUAGCCGAUGAAAACGAUAACUCUCCCACAUUUGAUUCUAACAAAUACGAAGUUUACAUAUCCGACAAGACUCAAGCAGAUCAAUUCGUCUUUGGAGCUAUAGCUACUGAUGAAGAUACGGGAGAUAACAGUAAAAUCACGUACAGCAUUUCUGGUGAAAAUGCCAAAGAUUUCAUCAUCAACAACGACACUGGCGUUAUAAAGGCACUGAAAGACUUGCAAAAAUCAUCAACAAGGGUGUUCAAUUUGGAGAUAGAAGCCAAGGAUGGAGGCAAAAUUCCCAGAAAGGCUAGUGCUGAAGUUCGGAUAUUCCUGAAACCUGACCAUUUGUUUCCAAGCUUCAUCAUGCCGACGAAAACAAAAUUCGUUCUUCCAGAAAAUGUUGAAGAAGGCAAGCUAAUCUCAAAGAUCAAAGCUGCAUCACCCAAAAAAGGUUCUGUUGGUGAAAUCAGAUACUCCAUAGCUGGUGGUAAUAUAGGCGAAGCUUUGAAAGUAGACAGAACAACUGGAGAAGUAUAUGUUACGGGUGUUGGUCUUGACUACGAAAAAUCGCCACAAUGCGAAGUAUGGAUUGAAGCCCAGGACUCUGACUCGCCUGCACUAAGAAGUGUUCUGCAACUGCUCAUCAACGUUACAGAUGCCAACGAUAACCCUCCAACACUAAACAGCCAGAUGUAUAAUGCUUCAGUCAUGGAGGAAGAAGCCCCUCCUCUAUUAGUCGUCAAGGUAUCCGCCACUGAUGCCGAUUCUGGUGAAAAUGCUCGAGUUACCUACAAGUUACUUGACGAUUUCGACGGAACUUUCGAAAUUGAUGGUGAGACAGGUGAAAUCUACACUAGCACCCGUUUAGAUCGAGAAGAUAUACCAAGCUACGAACUUACUGUGGAAGCAGUUGAUGAAGGAAUUCCUCAGCUGUCCGGCACAGCUACAGUCACAGUUACUGUAUUAGAUAAAAAUGACAAUCCUCCGAGAUUCACAAGGCUGUACAGCGUGAAUGUCACAGAAAACGCAGAAAUUGGUUCAUUUGUCAUCAGAGUAACUAGUUAUGAUCAGGAUAUAGGAGAAAAUGCUAACGCAACUUACAGCUUUACAGAAAAUCCUGGUGGUAAAUUCAAAAUUGACCCAAUCAGUGGAAAUGUUACAGUAGUUGGGCACCUAGAUCGAGAACAACAAGAUGAGUAUAUCCUCAAGGUAACAGCUGCGGAUGGUGCUUGGAGAUCAGACACACCUCUCACCAUAACAAUUCAAGAUCAGAAUGACAACGCCCCUGAAUUUGAGUACUCUUAUUACAGCUUCAACUUUCCAGAACUGCAGAGGGAUGUAGUUUUUGUCGGUCAAGUAACCGCUACUGAUAAGGACAAACAGGGUCCCAACUCGGUAAUAAGUUACUCUUUACAACAGCCUUCUGAUCUGUUCACUGUAGAUCCAGCAUCUGGUGAAAUUUUCAGCAAACGCAGUUUGAAAUACAUAUAUACUCAAGUCGAAUCAUCACCAGAGAAUAUGUAUUCCUUGACAAUUCUGGCAACAGACAACGGUAAACCUCCAAUGUCUUCCGAGUGCCUGGUGACCAUAAACGUAGUUGAUGCUAACAACAAUGCUCCAGAGUUCGAGCAAAAGGAGUACCUAUCACCUGUACCGGAACACGCGAACGUUGGCCAGAGCCUUUUGAAAGUUGAAGCCAAGGACCUGAAGGAUGUUGGAGUGAACGCAGAUAUCGAAUACUCAAUAGUAGACGGCAAUGGUUCCAAAUACUUUACAAUUGACAAGGCGAAUGGUUGGAUUGCUGUCAAGGAAGCGGUCCUGGGUGUUGGUACGAUAUUCAACUUACAAGUAAGAGCGACAGAUAAAGGAACACCUCCCCAGCAAGAUGAAGCAACAGUCGUUUUAGUUGUAACUGGCGAAAAUGAACACAACCCUGUCUUUACCGCAUUAAGCUACCAGGUGAUAGUUCCUGAAAAUGAACCACUAGGUUCUACUAUUCUCACUGUGAGUGCAUCAGAUAGAGACCAUGGUCCCAAUGGUAUGAUUAGAUAUCGCAUCUCAGGAGGCAACGAAAGAAAAGAGUUCGCAGUAGACCCUAUAUCAGGAGCGGUUACUAUACUUCAGCCACUAGAUUAUGACACAAUCCAGGAAUAUCAUCUUAAUAUCACAGCGGAAGAUCUAGGCUUCAAAUCACGGCGUGCCACAGCUAUGUUAACUAUUACUCUAACUGAUAUCAACGACAACUCUCCUGUGUUUGACCAAGCGUUUUACGAAGCUUACCUGUUAGAAAACGAGUCUCCAAAUAGCUUCGUUUAUCAGGUUAAAGCUACUGAUAUUGAUUCUCCAAAGAACGCUAUAAUCCUCUAUUCUAUAGCAGAUGGUAUAGACAAAGAAUUCUUCAAGAUAAAUGAGAAAACCGGAGUUAUAACAUCUGCUAUUAGCUUUGACUAUGAGGAAAAGACCUCUUACCAUCUGAAUAUUGUGGCUGCUAAUCCGGAUUCACCAAUGUUCAGCAGUACUGAAGUUAAUGUGUUCAUUACUGGAGUCAACGAGUUUUAUCCACGUUUCGUACAACCUGCCUUCCAUUUUGAUGUAUCCGAAUCAACUGAAGUUGGUACCAAGAUUGGUACUGUACAAGCUACAGACCAAGACUUUGGCGAUGACGGCAAAGUUUACUACCUAUUUGUGGGAUCCAGCAACGAUAAAGGUUUUAGUAUUCAUCCAGAAACGGGAACAAUCAGCGUUUCAAGAAGACUAGACAGAGAAACGCAAAGUCGAAUAGUACUUACAGUAAUGGCUAAAAAUGCAGGUGGAAUUCGUGGAAACGAUACAGAUGAAGCUCAAGUUAUAGUUACUGUACAAGAUGGAAACGACCCACCAGAAUUCCUACAGAAUCACUAUGAAGCAGAAAUUUCCGAAGGUGCCAGAAUUGGAACUAAGGUACUAACAGUAAAAGCUGUUGAUAAAGAUGUACGAACGCAAAAUAAUCAAUUCAGCUACUCCAUUAUAAAUGGGAAUACUGAAAGAACUUUCAAAAUCGAUCCUCAAACUGGCGAUAUCCAGACGGCAAGAAACUUGGAUAGAGAGACAAUACCUUUCUACACUUUGAUCAUCGGUGCCAUUGAUACGGGCGUUCCACCACAAACUGGUACAGCUACUGUCAAAAUCCAAGUCGGAGAUAUCAAUGAUAAUGGUCCUAUAUUUGAACCUGCAGAAGUUGUGGGUCGAGUUAUGGAGAAUCAACCUCCAAAUACUCGGGUGAUGACUUUAUCUGCGAAAGAUCCUGAUUUACCUCCAAAUGGAGCACCAUUCACCUAUAGAUUGAUUGGAGGAAAACAAAAAGACUACGUGAGAAUCGACAAACAUACUGGCGUUGUUGUCACCACCAGAACUAUAGAUAGAGAAGUGACGCCAGUACUAAAUCUUCUAAUAGAGGUGGAAGAUAGCGGAUCACCUAGAUUAAAGUCCGAGCAUUACGUGAACAUAGAGGUUCAAGAUGAAAACGAUAGUCCUUCAAGCUCUAGAACAGUCCAUGUUAUAGUUUAUGCAUUCAACGAAGAAUUUCCUAUGGGCAAAAUUGCGAACGUUCAUCCGAACGAUCCCGAUUUAGUUGGCGACUAUAAGUGCAAAAUUCUACAAAAGUCAGCACCAGAUAUCCUAUCUAUACCAUCAGGUUGUGAUCUUCAUACCUUCAAAAUAACUCCAGGACAUGGGUACUCACUUUCAGUCUCUGGGAAUGACGGGAAACACUCUGAUGUCAUCUCUACUGUAACUAUUGAAUUCGUAUCAUUUACCAACGCUACUAUAAGCAAUUCAGUAACAAUAAGAGUUGCUAAUGCAACUGCUGAGAGGUUCUUAGCCAUGAACUAUAGAGGUAUGCUGGACAUUCUCAAAGGCAUUUUAACUCCUGGGGAAAGUAUUUUGCUGUACAGCUUAUUCGACGAUAAAGGUGGACUGGAAAUAACUGUAGCAAUCAAAAAUGAAGGUAGUGCAGGAUACAGGAGCAAAUUCUAUACAACUGAGAAGAUUCAAGGCAAGCGUGAUGCUUUAGCAAGCCUAUUCCAGACCAACGAGGUAAAGAUUGGAUAUACACCGUGCAACACAAACACAUGUGAAAACGGUGGCAUCUGUACGUCUAACGUCGCUGUGAAGAACUCGACAAGAAUAACUGAUAGUCAAAGUAUAAUAUUCACUUCACCAUUAGUGGAGCACGAGUAUAUAUGUCAAUGUGCAGAAGGCUUUACAGGACCAACUUGUAAUAAGAGACAAGACCCCUGCUUGCCGAACCCGUGUAAACUAGGGGGUCAAUGUCGAAGGCAAGGAUUCACCUUCCACUGUGUCUGUCCACCAAAUAGGGAUGGACGCCAUUGCGAACUGGAAAAAGGCGACGCUUGCUCGGAAAACCCUUGUCAAAAUGGCGGUUCGUGUCGUGAAAGUCCAGAUGGUUCGUUCUUCUGUCUGUGCAGAUCCGGCUACAGAGGCAACCAAUGUGAAAUCCUUGCAGAUUCGUGCAGGCCCAAUCCAUGCUUGCACGGAGGACUGUGCGUCAACUUGAAACCAGGGUAUAAGUGCAGCUGUACUGAUGGCAGAUACGGUAGACAUUGUGAGCAGUCCACGUAUGGCUUCCACGAGUUAUCGUACAUGUCUUUCCCAUCAUUAGACAGUGCUACCAAUGAUAUAUCGUUCACCUUUGCAACCACCAAACCCAACUCUUUGCUGAUAUACAACUACGGAUUGCCCACUGGAGGGAGAAGCGACUUUGUGGCAAUGGAACUGGUUCAUGGUAAAGCAGUUUUCUCAUUUGGCGGAACUAGAACAGCUAUUACAUCCAUAAGUAUUGGAGGAAAGACGAACAACUUAGCUGAUGGAAACUGGUACAAAAUAACAGCAACGAGAAAUGGCAGGGUGGUGUCUCUAAGCGUCGGAAGUUGUACUGAACAAGGUGAAGUUUGUGAAGAAUGUAGACCCAGUGACAAUACUUGCUACGUCGAUGAUACUGGACCCAGUGGCACUUUGAACUUCAACAAUCAACCUCUCCUUAUUGGCGGAGUAAUCAGUGCUGACCCAAUCCUCGAACGUCCAGGUCAAGUCCAUUCUGACGACCUCGUAGGCUGCGUCCAUAGUGUCUUCAUCAACGGUCGCCAACUCAACCUGAGUCACCCCAUGGACUCCCAUGGUGUUGAAAACAGAUGUGUCCGAAGAAAUUCUUGCAGUAAACCUAUCAAUGAUCCUUGCCAAGGCUUUGGGACCUGUAUAGAUCGCUGGAACUCAGUCAGCUGCAACUGUGGUGCUAAUCUCAUAGCUCCCAAUUGUGAUACAGCUUUACGUUCAAUCAGUGUCAGCGAAGGAGGGUUUGUGGAAUUUGUUAUAUCCAAGAAGCAUAAGAGAAUGCAGUUGCUAGAACAUAUUUAUCAAGGCUCAACAAUUUGGAGUCAUCAGAGGAGCAAGAGGUCGACCAAGCAGCCAUUCGGCGAAUACACGCCCGAUAAAAGGAUCAGCUUUUUGUUCAGAACAGUUAAACAGAAUGGAAUGAUCUUCUAUGCAACUAGCAAUAAAUACUACACAUCCAUAGAAUUGAUAAACGGACAGUUGCACUACAUAAGCAAGCUGUCAACAGUGAUCAACAUGACGGAUACCCAUAACACAGUGACGGAUGGGUCUUGGCACAACAUAACUGUCCAUUCACAUAGUAGAACUAUCAAGAUUCUGCUAGACGGUUCUAAGCUAGGCGAUGAUUUAGACUCUGUAGGAGUCCAUGACUUUUUAGACCCUUAUCUGACCCAUUUAUCCAUUGGAGGUGCCAUAAGAAGCCAAUAUUACGUCCACGAUGAGUUGCCAGAUCCAUUUGCUGGAUGCUUUGCCAAUUUUACAAUCAACAACGAAAUUCAACCGUUCAAUGGAUCUGGUACCAUCUUUCAAGAAGUCUUGUUCCAUGGAAGGGUAUCCAGGGACUGCAACGGUUUAGUCGGUGUAGGCACAGCUGCUGCCACCGAUCCUCUGAGCAUAGGAAUCACCCUUGUGAUUGUCUUCUUCGUCGUGUUACUCGUUGCCAUAUUAGUUUCGUUCGUAGUAUUUAGGUUGAGGAAGCAAUACAAGGAGAAAGGCGGAAAUACAAAUAGUCCCGGGAUCCACGGCAAGCAGAACGGAAACAACGGAAAUGUGAUGAACAGUGUCAGUGACAGUGUGCUGGGAAGGAGCAUACACAAUUCUGAUACUAUGACCUACCAUACAGACGGGGAUGUGAUCAGGGCAAUCGGAGGGCAUUCGCUAGUGGGGCCAGAGUUGAUUUCGAAAAAGUAUAAGGAAAGGGAUAUAAUGCAGGGCGACAUCCCCCGUCCGCAACGUCCAGACAUUAUAGAAAGGGAAGUAGUAACCAAGAACCCUCCAAUUCGCGAAGAGCACCACCCUCCGAUGCAUCCUCAGAAUAACCACAGCCACGAUCACGCUCCGGCUGACCUCAACUCCGAGAUGCCCGAGCACUACGACCUGGAGAACGCGAGUUCCAUCGCUCCGUCGGAUAUCGACAUCGUGUAUCAUUACAAGGGGUACAGGGAAGCCGGGGGAGUGCGGAAGUACAAGGCCACCCCUCCCCCGGUGUCAAGCUAUCACCAUAAGCACUCAGCAGGCCAGGUGCAGGCGCAGCACAGGCAUUCGCCACACCAUCCCGGAGGGUAUCCACCCAGGGCACCUCCAGUUACUAGUCCCAGUUCGCGUCCACACCAAAGCACGCCAUUGGCCCGCUUGAGCCCCAGCAGCGAAAUGAGCGCUCAGCAGCCGCGGAUUUUGACGCUGCACGACAUCAGCGGCAAACCGCUGCAGAGCGCACUUUUGGCAACCACCAGCAGCUCGGGUGGAGUCGGAAAGGACGUGCUGCACAGCAACAGCGAGCGAAGCUUAAACAGCCCUGUCAUGUCGCAGCUGAGCGGACAGAGUUCUAGCAGCACGCGGAAGGCUGCCGCCCCACCUCCAGGGGUUAAUUCUACCUCACUAACCGCCGAAGAGAUCGAAAGACUGAAUUCCCGCCCUCGCACCUCUAGCCUUGUCUCCACUCUGGACGCCGUUUCCAGCUCGAGCGAGGCACCACAAAGGGGCGGGAAUAACCACAUGAGCCAUAUGCGCCAUUCACCAGUGCCAGAAACCCACCAUAGCAGCACAACCACAACCGACGAGAGCGGCAACGACAGCUUCACCUGUUCGGAGAUCGAAUACGACAACGCGAGCAUCUCCGGCGAAAAGUCAGAGUCGCGUCGGAACGAUUCUAGCUCGGGGGGCAAUAAGAGCAACAUCCCACCACCCUCGUACGACGGCUUCGACUCGUCUUAUCGGGGCUCGAUGAGCACUCUGGUGGCUUCCGAUGACGAAAUGGGGGGCCCGUUACCCCCCAGCACUGCGCUCGGCUGGGACUACCUCCUGAACUGGGGACCGAACUUCGAAAGUCUUGCUGGCGUGUUCAAGGACAUCGCCGAGAUGCCGGACUCUGUGAACGGGAGGAUACCGUCGUCGAUGAGGCUAACCAAUGCUCAAAAGCCCUCGGAGGAAUAUGUAUAAUAUUGGGUUAUGGGCUGUCGAUGGGAAUACGGUUUAGUGUAAUUUUGUAUCGGAAGUCCAGACUAUUUCGUGUGACAUAUAUAGCGUUGUAGCAACAGAAAUAAUAUCGGUGACUCAUUUAUUACCUAUAAUGAAUUGGAGUGAAGGCUGCGGUCUUCACGUCCUUACACAAUAUACAAUGUUUUGCUUUCUUGCGUUGAUGUGACAAUUCUGACACAAAUCAUACUUCUUGCUCAGUUUUGACACUACACCUCAUGUACACAUUUUGUUGGCAUAAAGCAUGUCAGCUUAUUCAUAUCUAAAUUAUAAAUAGAUAAUGAAAGAUCAGGAUCUAUAGGCGGGGUUUUCGAAUGUGUUCAUUCAAAUAUUUUAGUACAUUAUGUACUUCAGACUAGCAUCAACAUUUUUAUUUUUGUACUUGAUUAUUUUUUAAAUCUGCAAAGUCCGCAAUUUUGACAUUUUUGUCCAUAGUUCACCCAUUUUCGGAUAAUUACUUAUAUAUUCUUAUAUAUGCGCAUGAUGGCAACACUUUCUACAGUUGCUCAACUGCGGUCAUCAUAUAAACAAAUAAAAGUGGAGGUUUCAUUAUACCUAUGUAUUUAUUUGUUACAACUUUCAUUUGUAGUGUGAGCGCAGUGGAGCAAUACUUUUAUUUUUAUAUAAUUACGUUUUGUAUCAUGAUGAGUUUUAUUAUAGACUUGAGGUAGCAAGUGUCGCGACCAUGCGCUCAUAUAAAAAUAGUAGGUAUACCUGUAACAUAUAUCCGCAACUUCGUUCACCUAAAAUUGUUGAGCUAUACAAAAUUUUGAAACAAACACAUCAGACUAAACCAAAUUUUACAUUGUAAAAAGUAUCGGCUUAGUCUCUAGUUAGAAAAGAUAAAUAUUUUGCCCUUGUCACAAAAUCCUUUCUUAAAUUUUUCUCCAAGGAACUUCAUUAUAACCAAUUUUAAGUAUUUAGCAGAACAUUUCGAGGAAUUCCAAACAAACACGCCCCUUAAUAAGAGGGUUAAAGGGUUUUUAACUGAUAUCUACAGCCUAUAAUCUACCUUCCUGCCAAAUUCUAGGUGUCUAGUAGAUGCAGUCCUCGAGCUUCCGUGACUAAUGGGUGCGGACCUUUUCGCUGUUACCCCUUACCCGUCCCUGCUAAGUUUCAUGUUCAUACGACAAGUAGUUUCUCAGGCAAAUUUCUAUAAACUUAAUUUUAAGUGAUAAGGUUCUCCAUAGAAACAUUCAACCUCACCUAGCCCAUCUGAAGGAUAAAAUUCACCUCUUAGUGGUGGAAUUUCCAAAAUGCCUCUGCAACUGCUCAUUUACAUUAUAUAAAAGAACCAAAUACAAAAAUCCCAUACUUGUGCCUCUAUCUUAAAGAAUAAUAUCCCCACAGUAACUAUCACCCCCUUCAAGUUGAAUGUUUGUAACAAAAGGUAUCCUAUGUCUGUUUCCGAGGUUUGAUUUAUAUCUGUGCAUAGACACUUUCGCAUUUACAAUAUUAGUGAGGAUAUAAAAAGUUAAGUAUUCGAAAAUGGGUGAAUUUUGAAUAAAAAAAGGUUAAAACCCAUACGUUCCAAAAUAUUCAAUUUUAUUUAUUUUCAAUGUUGAGCCUCACUUAUAGACCCUGAUUUUGUUUUUCAAAACGCAUAGCGUUUUCAAGUAUCUAAGCGAAUAUGCGUUGCUUGCAUUACAUUGGUUGGGUCAAUGGUCUCAAAUUCUCUUAGCACAUUUCUUGUCAUAGGCUGAAAAGCGCAUAGCUUAUUUCUGCAUAAAAACAACAAAAAAAUAGCCAAAAAUCAGAAACAAGAAUAUCAGUAAACGUAUUUACCCGUGAUAACUUCCGCUUUAUUAUAAUCAUUUUUGAGAAAAUGUGUUUGAGCUCCUCUCAAUUGUUCAGUAACAUAACCGAAAAUGCAUGACAUUGUGUUGCGAAUAUCUUAAAGGAUUGGAACCAAAGUCAUUCUAAUCAAGUACGAGUUCUGUUGAAAAAUUAUACAUGUGCAGUAACUUGAUCAUAUAAUAGGUAGGUAGUAUCAAUUUUGGCACUUCCCCAUUUCUGAGAUAGCCCCGGCAGUUUAAACCCAAGAAAAGACAGGAAUGAUGGUAAAAUGUUAAUGUUAAUGAACUAUUUUGUUUCUUUUUUAUUCGAUAUGAACUGUUUUCCACAUUACUGGCACGUCGCAUCCACAAUUUAAUACGCAUAAGUGUAGUUUUACAGAUUUUGAAUUAUGGUGUUAUUUCACCUUCAAAUGCAUCAAAUAAGAUAAAAAUGUACGUAAAUCUGUAAAAAAUAUGUUUUUGUAUAUGGUAAAAAAAGUAACCCAGCCUGAAUAGCUCCUAAAAAUCCUUGGUUCGGGACAAGUUAAUCUCAGUUUUUUUUUUAGUGAUGAUACCGAUACUGUUUUUGUGGCUGUUCUUUGUAAAUAUUAAUAUAAUGUAUUGUAUACGAUUCAGCCAUAUUUAUUUACUGUAUUUCCAGUGAACUAACUGCCAUUAUUUGCUACAACAAUAAUGCAAACUGGAUCUACAUAUACUAUUGUUUUCUUCAAAUUAAAACCAGAAGAUUAGCACUCUAUAAAUUUUCUAGACAAAUACAUAUUAAACCACCGUUUACAAAACUGAGCUGUUAUAGUUGAUAUACAUAGUUGUGACUUUGUGAUAUAAUUUAAGUAGAACUGUUCUGCGAAACCAUCGAUGGCACAAGACUCGCAAGUUUUAUUUUCAAACUCACUAAUGCCAUAAACAUUAAGAGCUGUUUGAGAUGUACAAUGCAGCGUUGCAAAUAAACGCAGAUUUACAAUGGAUUAUUCAAAAUAACCAAAAACUAUAUUUAGAUCUCGUUACAUUUAUCUGGCCAUAGUGAAGCUCCGUUUACAAAAUGAAACAACAGAUAAUAUGCUUUUUCGUGAAACGUUAAGAAGUUAUUCUAAAAAUUCAAAAAGAGGUACCACAAUGUUCCUCAUUCAACCUGUAACUGAAAGCGGAAAUAUGUAUAUAAAAUUAUUUUGCCUAUGUCCGGUCAUAUCAGUAUCUACUUUUAUUUGUAAAUCUAAUGUAUAUUUAUGGAAAAACGAUGUUAAGGCCUGUCCCCACUUGGUAUUCAACAGUUCCAACAAUGAUUUUUCAACACAUCGAAAUUUAAACGAAAAAUAGCAAAUCCUACAUGCGAAAAUAUCGAAGUUCGAAGUUGUCUGUGGCCAAAUGAGAACAGGUCUUAAGAUACACAAUGACGUCAGAUGUAUAUUUCGUGUGUGUGUGUAUAUAUACAUGUAUAUAUAUAUUUGUUAUGGACUUUCGAUACAUAGAAUAUAUCUGUAUUGCCCAGCCCUAGAUAGACUUAUGUACGUUUGCAUAUAGAGACUGUUAUUCGAAUUUUCGUGUUAGCCUUGUAUCAAGGAUUUGUGUAAUAUCUCUUGCCAUAUCUUUUGUAUUAUUAUUUGUAUAUUUUUAUGUCGUUUCCUACAAAACUACAGACUGUAAAUACUUAAACAUAUUUAAUAAAAAAAUUCUAACUGUAACGGUGCUUGUAACCUUCAAACCUCCAUUCAUUGAGCAGCAACAAUUGCCCCUGUAUUUUGUAAACUUCCCCCGAGUUGACAUGGUAUUUUCAAAGUAUGAGUUCGCAGAUCGGCAAGGUUAUUACGUAAAAAACCUAUAUAAUGUCAAAAGAAACGAUAAAAUGUCAACUUGUUGACUAAGUAGGCUAGUGUGCAAAUAGUUCAUUCAUUCCGCGCUUGCUACAAGUGAG